AAAAAAAAAGCUGACAACCAUGACUGAAGGCAGUUUCCUAUCAAGUUCUUCUGUCUGUGAUCUCAUCUUCCCACCGUCUUGUUCUUCUGUAGCAAUACACGUUCGACAAGAAACCAAGUUGUAACCCCACAAGAAUCUCUCAAUGAUUUUAUUGUCCCUUAAGUCCCGGUAAAGAAAAGAGAGAAAAACAGAACCAACAAAACCUUUGACGCUCUCUUUCUCUAGCAAUGAGCGAAUCUAAGAGAGCACACUUAUACACACCACAAAGGCAAUGUACCGACUGUAUUUGUUCUCAUUUGUGGAUCUGAGUCUUAAUUUGAAUGUUCUGCAGCUUGCAGUUUUUACAUGGUUUAUGCGUGGAGGAUGAUGAAGAGAUAACUGGGUUGAGGAAUGCUGAGAAAGAACAGAAAGAACGGACCAAGAAUUUAGCAAAGGUCAUUUUCGUUGAGAAGUUGCUUAGAAACUAUCAGUACUUAAUCUCUUGGACUUGCCCUGUAGUUUAUGCCUGAAGAUUUCAAAAGAUUCUGAUUUGCAGACAAUCAUUGAAAAGUUUGGAGAGAAUAUCCAAAACUAUAAUAUGUACAGAUCAUUUGUCACAUGUGAUGAUCCGAAAGGAGUUGUAGAAUGCGGGACAAUUAGAAAAUCCAAGAGUGGUUCCCACAAAAUGGAGCAUGAGAUCAUAAGCCAUAAAGCACAGAAGAACUCAAAAGCAGAUUUGACAGUCAUAGCUGAAAAGAAGGAGCUGGUCUCUAAAGGGAUUGUGGAAGAGUAUCGCACUCCAUCUUCAUUUCAACUCCUGGAGGUCUCAAGAGGAGCUCAGAAGCUGAACCAGACGAUCAACUCGUGGUCUAAGGGGUUGAGCUCUGAUGGCCAGUCUAAAGAUAUUGCAAAAGAUUUGUUGAAAGGGGCUCUUGAUAUGCAGGAGUCUCUCCUCAUGCUUGGUAAGCUGCAAGAAGCCUCGCAUUAUAUGGCCCAGCUGAAAAGGCAGAAGGAGAAGCUGAAAAGGCAGAAGGAGAAGCUAAAAAUUAAUGAAGUCGGGGCUGAAAUGAUGAAUUCACAUCAAUUUGGCGAUCUACAUUGCCAGACAGGAUUUCAAAAGCCACUGCUUUCUGCUGAUGGUUCUUCCAAUGAUUACAUUGAUGAGCUUAAGAAAGCAAUCACAGAUAGCCUUGGCAGGCAUAAUUUGCUCCCAAACAGAACCACCCGAGAGAAGACGUCCAAAGAAAGGAGAAAGAGGGACUCAGCUCCAGAUGUCCCCUCCACAAGCUCAAGCCAGUCAUCAGUGGCUCAGUCUAGCAGCAGUCAUUCUACUCGCUCCAUAUCUACAGCAGCUCCUCCAAGGAAGGAAAACAGUCCAAAUCUGAUUGCCAAGCUAAUGGGUCUGGAAGACAUGCCAUCAAAACCAUUGCAAAAACAUCCACAAAAACAGUUGGAUGUUGAGACUGAUUUAAGCCGGAGGAGGCCAAGGCCAGUCUUUGAUAUUGAAAUGCCAAAGGUAAGGAAGCCUCAACCCUUAAUGCAUAAGGUACGUCCAGAGCAAAGAGCACUGAAGGAUAUUCUUGAAACCAUGCAAUUUAAAGGACUCUUGAAAUGCCAUUCAGUCAAAGAGCUCAAGUCCUGGUCCCAUCACUCCAGAGAAACGAAUACCAACCGGAGGUCUAGUAAUUAUAUUUCACCUAUUGUACUAAUAAAACCUGGUGUGUCAUGCUUCGAAUCAAAAGAGGUGCCUGCACCAAUGGUUUGGGAAAUGGGAGCCUUGAAAGCUGAAUUGAUGCCACGAAAAGUGAAGUUAAAAAAAGGACCCGAACCUGAUACUAGAUCAGUAGACUACAAAGAGGGAACUUAUAGCACUAGCAAAAUGCUGCGUAAAACAGAAGUUGAUGAGCCUACAAACAGAAGGCUGGGCCAGGAGGAAGGAACUACGGACCGCAGAGAGGUGGUUGUGAAACCAGAAGAAAAAGAAAUCAAAACAGUUGUCCAGGAAGAAGUUGCAGUUCGUGAAAACAAAGGGAACGCAGAGCCGGAACCCGAAGAGACUCUAAUAAAAAUGCUAGGCAAAGAACGAGUAGAGGACCGCAAAUAUGUAGUUCCAAGAGCAGAAGAGCAAAGAAUUAAGACAAAAUUGAAGGGUUCGUCCAAGUUGAAAGCUAGCUGUCCUGUAACUAACCAACAACAGAAAAAAGAGACAGCUGUGAAAAAGGUAAAUAAGACUCAGAGGGUGGAUGCUGAUAGCAGGAAACGGAUAGAGGCAGAGGUUGUGAAGCCUAAAAAUGUAUCAAGAUCUCAAGAACAAGCCAAGGUGAUCUCAACGAACACAAGAAUUGAACAUGGAUCAAUGACUACAAAGACUCAAAUUACUCAACAGAGCAGUACGAAUCAAAAAUCCAUCUUGAAACACACAACAAAAACCACAGUUCACGGCCCUAAAGAUCAGAAGCGGAAGAUAGUUGCUGAGCCUACAGAAGAAAAACCAACUAAUAAGGAACUAGGAUGCAAAGAAGACAAGAAGAAUGGCCACAAAUGUGAUGCUGAUCCUGUUUCCAAAGUAACGAAUACCCCACUUGCUGGUCAACCAUCUACAGAGGAGGAAGCAAAUGUCUUAAAAUUUCAUAAUGAAGAACAUUGCAGUGACAGCCAGAGUUCUCCCUGCAAUCAUACAUUGGUGACCUCUGAACACGAGGAAGUUGCGAAAUCUCCUGAAGAAGCCAACAAUGAUAUGGGUCUCAUAGGAGGAGAUGGAGAAAGUUCCAAAAAUGGAAUCCAAUUGAAUGCUUUACUUUUGAGCAGUCCAUUGUUUCUCACUCAUGCAGAGGAGCUUUUCGAUCUCAAUAUGAAUAGCCCCGAGACCUUUCCAACAUCUGGCAUCUGCGAUUAUCGAAUAGCCAGCAUGGAACUUUCUUUAGAUUAUGCUAAUGAAUACAUUGAACGUAGAAGCUGUGUAGAUUCACAAACAAGGCAUCCGCUGUUACAAACGUGUACAGGAGAUUCAAGACUUAAUCUUUCUUUAGAGAAGUUGGUGGAGGAAAUUGUUAAUGGAGCCAAGACUCUUACUAGUUAUUGCAAGCUUGGUUUUUACAACCUUCCAGCUGAUAGUCUGUAUGGGAUACUGGAAAACGAUAUAAGAUGUGGAUCAGUAGCGAGUGGAACAUGGGAUUUGGGGUGGAGGAACGGAUUUUCUGUGGAUGAAGCUGAGCAAACUGUGAAUGACGUAGAGAAGUUGCUUAUAAGUGAGUUGAUUGAGGAGAUGUUUACAUAAUUAGAGCUUUUAACCCUUUAUGUAAAGCAAACUUUUCCUGCUUUGCAGGUCUGAGAGGUAAGAAUUCAGAAGCUGUCAGCGUGAAUAAGCUAAGCUAGGUAGGGGCUUGCUGUUUAUAUGGCCAUCUAAUUAACAUACAAACAUUUAGGAUUUAAGCUAGUAGGUGUUAUGGUGAUCAAAAAAUGUUUGGGGGCAGAAAGACUGUACACAAGUAAACUCAUGAAACCAAGCUUUUCAGGAUAAUUAGUUGAUUUCUUGGGUAUCUAUCUUGAAUCCUGCUGAUCAAUUUAUAUGCA